AUGGCUUUAUUUUCAUGUGCUUGUGUUGUUAUCUUUUUCUUUUUUUGUGCUUCUGAGCCAUACACGCAUACUGCCGAAACUUCAAGUGGGGUAGCCACAUCUGAUGGGUUUUAUUCUCCGGAGUUUAGGGGUGAUUUUGGUGCUGGGCUUUUGGAUCUCCAUGCUAUGGAUGAUACAGAGCUUCUGUCUGAGGAAUGUUUCGUUGAAAGUGUAGCCUUGAGAACUAAGAUUGAAAACCAUGGAAUGGAUAUAGUCCUUGUUGCUCAAAGGCGGCAGAUUCCAAUUGCCUUCUGUAAGCGAAUCAAGGAGGAUUUCACCCAGAGACAUGGUGGAGGAAAAGCUGCAACAACAGUUGCCAACAGCCUCAACAAGAUUCUUCUGCCCAAAUUCAAGGAGCAGAUGCAAUAUUGUGUAGAUCAUCCAAAGGAGAUCAGCAACCUGGCUAAAGUGAAAGCUCAGGUUUCGGAAGUCAAAGGAGUUAUGAUGGAAAAUAUAGAGAAGGUUCUUGACCGUGGAGAAAAGAUAGAGCUUCUGGUGGAUGAAACAGAGAACCUUCAUUCUCAGGUUAGUGACUUUGUAUUGUUGAUUUUUCUUUUUCUCCAUGUUUUUUAACCUCCCAAUCUUGGAAUGACUGUGGUAUAUAAAUUAUAGAAAAGAAUAAUAAACCCAGACCAUUAUUGAGGACAUACCGGAUGAUGAGGAACCAUUGUAACCACCAGAAUUCAACGAGAUUAUUUAGUGUUCUUAUUACUAAUAAGUUUUU